CUUCUGAAUAUUUUUGACCUCAUUAUAUGUGAAUUUGUUAUAAAGAUAUGUAUUAUUUAUACAUUUGUACAUGAAAUUUAUGCAGCAUGUACAUGCUUAAGACUGUUCAUAGACAUUUUUGGAAUCUACUGUAUAAACAAAUUGGUGACCCAGAAGUUAAUACCAUGAUACAGUGAUGGAUCAUGACUUAAUAUAGCAGCAUGUUUGUCUACACCAUUUUCUCACCGCAUAGACACAGUCUGAAUACUUCUACCAUCAUAAACUUGUUUCAGCCGGCAGUAUCUGUGAUAUUACUAAACCUCAUUCCAAACAGAGACAUAUUUCCAGGCUCACCAGCUGCCAUCCUGUGUCACACUACAUGGAUCACAUCUACACUGCUUCCAGGCUCACCAACUGCCAUCCUGUGUCACACUACAUGGCUCACAUCUACACUGCUUCCAGGCUCAUCAACUGCCAUCCUGUGUCACACUACAUGGCUCACAUCUACACUGGUUCCAGGCUCACCAGUUGUCAUCAUGUGUCACACUACAUGGCUGACAUCUGCACUGGUUCAAGGUUCACCAGGUGCCAUCCUGUGUCACACUACAUGGCUGACAUCUACACUGGUUCCAGGCUCAACAACUGUCAUCCUGUGUCACACUACAUGGCUCACAUCUACACUGCUUCUAGCCUCACCAACUGCCAUCCUGUGUCACACUACAUGGCUCACAUCUACACUGGCUACAGGCUCACCUGCUGCCAUCCUGUGUUGCAGUACAUGGCUCACAUCUACACUGCUUCCAGGCUUACCAACUGCCAUCCUGUGUCACACUACAUGCCUCACAUCUACACUUGUUCCAGGCUCACCAGUUGCCAUCCUGCAUCAGACUACAUGGCUGACAUCUACAUUGGUUCAAGGUUCACCAGGUGCCAUCCUGAGUCACACUACAUGGCUCAGAUCUACACUGGCUCCAGGCUCACCAGCUGCCAUCCUGUGUUGCACUACAUGGUUCACAUUUACACUGGUUCUAGGUCACCAGCUGCCAUCCUGUGUUACAGUACAUGGCUGACAUCUACACUGCUUCCAGUCUCACCAGCUGCCAUCCUGUGUCGCACUACAUGGCUCACAUCUACACCACUUCCAGACUCACCAGCUGCUUUCCUGUGUUACAGAACAUGGCUCACAUUUACACUGCUUCUAGGCUCAGCAGUCGCCAUCUUGUGUUACAGUACAUGCCUCACGUCUACACUGGUUCUAGGCUCACCAGCUGCCGCCCUGUCUUACAGUACAUGCCUGACAUCUACAUUGGUUCUAGGCUUACUAGCUGCCAUCCUGUAUUACAGUUCAUGCCUGACAUCUACAUUGGUUCUAGGCUCACCAGCUGCCAAUCUGUGUUACACUACAUGGCUCACAUCUACACUGGUCCUAGGCUCAUGAGCUGCCAAUCUGUGUUACAGUACAUGCCUCAUAUCUACACUGGUUCUACGCUCACCAGCUACCAUCCUGUGUUACAGUAUACGCCUCACAUCUACACUGCUUCCAGUCACACCAGCUGCCUUUCUGUGUUACAGUGCAUGCCUCACAUCUACACUGGUUCUAAGCUCACCAGCUGCCAUCCUGUGUUACAGUACAUGCCUGACAUCUACACUGGCUCUAGGCUCACCAGCUGCCAAUCAGUGUUACAGUACAUGCCUCGCAUCUACACUGGUUCUAGGCUCACCAUCUGCCAUCCUGUGUUACAGUACAUGGCUCACGUCUACACUGGCUCUAGGCUCACCAGCUACCAUCCUGUGUUACAGUCCAUGACUCACAUCUACACUGGUCCUAGGCUCAUGAGCUACCAAUCUGUGUUACAGUACAUAGCUCACAGCUACACUGGUUCUAGGCUUAUGAGCUGCCAUCCUGUGUCACACUACAUGGCUGACAUCUACACUGCUUCCAGGCUCACCAGCUGCUUUCCUGUGUUACAGUACAUGGCUCACAUCUACACUGCUUCUAGGCUCACCAGCUACCAUCCUGUGUUACAGUACAUGCCUGACAUCUACACUGGUUCUAGGCUCACCAGCUGCCAUCCUGUCUUACAGUACAUGCCUGACAUCUACAUUGGUUCUAGGCUCAUGAGCUGCCAAUCUGUGUUACACUACAUGGCUCACAUCUACACUGGUCCUAGGCUCAUGAACUGCCAAUCUGUUACAGUACAUGCCUCACAUCUACAAUGGUUCUAGGCUCACCAGCUGCCAUCCUGUGUUACAGUAUAUCCUUCACAUCUACACUUCUUCCAGGCAUACCAGCUGCCUUCCUGUGUUACCGUACAUGCCUCACAUCUACACUGGCUCUAGGCUCACCAACUGCCAUCCUGUGUUACAGUACAUGGCUCACAUCUACACUGGUCCUUGGCUCACGAGCUGCCAAUCUGUGUUACAGUACAUGGCUGACAGCUACACUGGUUCUAGGCUCACCAGCUGCCAUCCUGUAUUACAGUACAUGGCUCACAUCUACACUGCUUCCAGGCUCACCAGCUGCCAUCCUGUGUUACAGUACAUGGCUCACAUCUACAUUGGUCCUAAGCUCACAAGCUGCCAAUCUGUAUUACAGUACAUACCUCACAUCUACACUGGUUCCAGGCUCACCAGCUGCCAUCCUGUGUUACAAUACAUGCCUCACAUCUACACUUGUCCUAGGCUCAUGAACUGCCAAUCUGUGUUAGAGUACAUGGCUCACAGCUACACUGGUUCUAGGCUCAUGAGCUGCCAUCCUGGGUUACAGUACAUGGCUCACAUCUAUACUGAUCCUAGGCUCACGAGCUGCCAAUCUGUGUUACACUACAUGGCUCAGGUUGUACUGCUUUACCAACUGGGGUAUCACAUCAUCAUGGUGGUGCUCACAUUAUGGCUUAUAGUAUGGUGCAUUAGAGAUGAGUAUCUGUUGGCUACCAUAUUACAGUCACUCAUGUUUGCAGCAGAACUGAGCCUUUUUUACUACAGGCAACAGUUGUGAGUCACACUGGUGUUACAUUUCACAGGUAUACAUGCAUGGCCCUAUGAUUACCUCAUAUCUGUCCGGUGGUCUGAUGUAAGCAGCAGAGGUAUGUAUCUUGCCUUCCUUCAUAUCUGUUGGUGGUAUAUACCACAAUGCUUCAUCUUUAACCCUUCUUUCCUAAAGCAGGGUAGCCAACCGGUGGUAACAACUCUCUCUUAGAUUAUCAUCUAGUGCCUGCAUUAUAUUUUAAACCCAGGUUGUUAGUAGGGUAGGGGGAUUUUCCCUUUUAUGCCAGCAUUAUGCAUUUAGUAAACUACUACAGGUUGUUGUUCCCUGUUCAAAUAAGCUCAUGUUGUCUUGGCCUGCACUAAUACAUAACAAUAUUUUCUUUUCUAAAGCAAACUGUUUAAAAAUCGUGUGUCUCAACUACCAUGUACCUGAAGUCCCUGCUUACUAAAAACAAGUGCAAUCUUUCUUUUUAUGUUAAAACAUUAUUACAUAAGUACAUAAGGAAAGUGCCAUUACUAUUUGAGAUCUAUAUUAAUGCACUUGUUUACCCCACAAAUCUUUAGCACUUAAUUAAAAUAUAGCAUUCUACAAUGCUAUCUGUCUGCAGAUUUUCUUUACUUCAGUAAAUAAAUAUGUUUUAACCUGAUUGUUGAAUUUCUAACUAAUUUUUACCUGAGUAGUUUUGUCUGAACAGUAUGACUUACAGUGUAUAGUCAUCAUAAAAAUAAUCAAGAAAAAACUGACCUUGUUGUUCAGUUAGACCAUUUAGUUUGCUCUUGAAACAAA